AAUUCACAAGACUUGCUCCCUCCACCGCCUCCUGCUACUCUUUCUCUCUCUCUAGGAUGGCAAGGAGUAGUAGUAACGUGACAGCCUUGGCCAUGGCCUUGCUGCUGCUGGUAGGCCUCUCGAAUGGCCAGCUCCAGGUGCGGUUCUACUCCAAGUCCUGCCCCAAUGCGGAGGCCACCGUCGCCUCCAUCGUCCGGCAGGCCGCCUCCUCCGACCCGACCAUCCUCCCCGCGCUCCUCCGCCUCCAGUUCCACGACUGCUUCGUCCGGGGCUGCGACGCGUCGGUGCUGAUCAAGGGCGGGAACAACAACGCCGAGGUCGACAACAACAAGCACCAGGGGCUGCGCGGGCUGGAAGUCAUCGACGGCGCCAAGGCGCAGCUCGAGUCGCAGUGCCCCGGCGUCGUCUCCUGCGCCGACAUCGUCAUCCUCGCCGCCCGUGACGCCGUCGCAUUCGCGGGCGGGCCGUCGUUCGACGUGCCGACAGGGCGGCGCGACGGGAAGGUGUCGAACCUGCGUGACGCCGACGCGCUUCCGGACGUGAAGGAUGGAAUCGACGUGCUCCGCUCCAAGUUCGCCGCCAACGGCCUCAACGAGAAGGACCUCGUCCUCCUCAGCGCGGCACACACGGUGGGCACGACGGCGUGCUUCUUCAUCCAGGACCGGCUCUACAACUUCCCGCUCCCUGGCGGCGGCCGCGGCUCGGACCCGACCAUCCCACCGGGCUUUCUCGCGGAGCUCAAGUCCCGGUGCGCGCCGGGUGACCUCAACACGCGCCUGCCCCUGGACCGCGGCAGCGAGGGCGUCUUCGACACCUCCAUCCUCCGCAAUAUCCGCAACGGCUUCGCCGUCAUCGGCUCCGACGCUGCGCUCUACAACGACACCUCCACCGUCGACGUCGUCGACUCCUACUCCGGCCUGCUCAGCACCUUCUUCGGGCCCUACUUCAGGCAGGACUUUGCCGACGCCAUGGUCCGGAUGGGCAGCAUCGGCGUGGUCACCGGCCGCAAGGGCGAGGUCAGGAAGGUCUGCUCCAAGUUCAACUGAUCCCCGCGCGCCACGUACCUGUCGAUCCAUAGAUCCUUCAUUCAUUGCACACGGUUGGCCCAUCCAUGGAUAGCACGGUGGGUUUCGUUGGGAGCUUUCAAGGCAUUGAUCUUUAAUUUUAUUAGUCAGUACAUUCUGUAGAUCUCACUGGAAAAAACAGAUUCAAAUGCUGCUACAUAUAUGUGCGCGCCAAAAUGAAAAUUGUACAAGGUUCAGAAAAGCGAGACGCUUUAGGAUCUGUGCAGUUUUCUUUUUGAAGCGAUACAUAUGGAAGCGGUGUCGUGGAUGGGAUAUAUAGGGUAUAAGAUGAAUUUGGUCUCGUGAUUGUAUACAAAUAUAUAAGUGGAUAAGUUAAUCAUUUUGUUCUUUGGUUUUUUGUGGUAUUGUAUUCAUUUGUGUUGUGUUGUGUUGUGUUGAGUGAGCAUGUAAAGAAGUGUUGAGUUCAUCGCAAGAGGUGUCAAAUAUUGUGACGAUUUGUCCUCUGGCUUAUAAUUCAAUAUAUGCAUUUUUUCUGUA